AUGGACAAGUUGCGCACUUCUCUAACAAAAACUUUGAAAACUCUUGGUGACUCGUUUUCGGAAGAUGCAACCAUGGAUGAUAUGUCCGAUUACGUGCUGUCACCACAUGAUGGCUCGCUUACCCAAGAUUAUGAAGCCAACGUCUCAGGCGUUAUGAAGGUUCGACCAAGUGCUGCAGUAGUUUCCGAAAGCGAUGACGAUAUUAUCGAAAGUAUCGAUGCGUCAUAUUUCAUAGAGGACGAUUUUAAUGCUGUCGAUUACGAGAUGAAGAACUAUUUGAUCACCAAGUGUUUGCAGAAGCUCCUUGGCAUUGAACUGCGUCUUGAGGAUGUGGACAGUGAGCGAUUGCGUCUGAAAUCCCAAUUGCAAGUGGUGUCGAAAAAGAUUUCUACUCUUAUCAUGGAGAAGGUUAGCCUCAAAGUCAUUGUUGGAAAGCUGUGGCCUUUCAGUCAACAACGUUUCUUACAGUCGCCGUCCCUAUAA